CAUGACCGGAAGCGAGGUGGGUCAUGUGACUCCUCUAAGAACUCCUCCCACCCCCCUCUACCAAUCAGGAGGGGGUUUCGUCCCGGAAGGACCACCCCGAGAGGAAAUUUUGCCCAAUGAGGGUGACUUCUGGGUUGGGGUGAGCGGUCCGGAAGUGGGUCGUGUGACCCCUCUAAGAACUCCUCCCACCACCCUCUACCAAUCAGGAGGCGUUUUGUCCCGACAGGACCACCCCGAGAGGAGAUUUUGACCAAUCGGGGUGACCCCUCUAAGAGCUCCUCCCAAGGCCCUCCGCCAAUCCGAGUGCAGCACCAUUACCCCAUAAGUCCCAGCGCCGGACAGAGGAGGCCAUUUCUUACCAAGCACACGUGUUUUAGAAAAGCGUGGAAAGGCUGCCGAGAGGAAACAUGGACUCCUUCACCACCCCCGUCAGAACUUCGGACUUUGUUUUAGCCCCGAGGGUCUUUGACCGUCCACGGAAAAGACGUUACAUCAGCGACAGUUCUGAGGAGGAGGGUGUGACUUUGGGGAGCCCUUUGGCCCAGCCGUUGUUGGAUACGCCGGACCCCGACCCCAAAACCCUCGUGAGACACCCCGAGGAGCCUGAUGGUCUCUCUUUGUCCACCCCCUCAGAUUGCCACUUGGGAGAGUCACCGGUGGACAAGGCAAACGGAAAAGAAGGCGCUCAGCAGCUCGACGAUGCCUUUCUAGAGGACCCAGAGCCCCUGGACAGCGUUGCAUCAAGCAGCGAAGAUGAACCGGGCCCACCAUGUUUUUGCUCAACACCAAUACAAAUUGUUGAAGAGGGCUCCGAGGAUGAUGGGUUUGAGGAAUUUAGGAGGAGGCUUGGCAUAGAACUAUCCGAGCCAGUGCCACGUCGUGAGCGUAAAAAAGUUAUGCGGACUAUUGUACGCGUUGCUGUUUAUGCUGUUCUUAAACACUGCCUUAGGGAAAAGCUUUUUGAAGAUUGUGAGGGCUGUGCUAUAGAUGCGCCAGCCCAACGACACCAUGACUGUGUGACUUGGACUUCAGUGGAUAUAAACUGCAAGCUCCGGGCCCUGUGUGCUGAGCUGUGUUUGGAAAGCUUAUUAAACACUGUUAUUGCCAUAGGUUAUGCUAUGCAAUGUCUGUACCUAACCCAAGAACAUUUAGCACAAGGGGUGACUUUGAUAAAUGCUGUGCAAUUCAGUGAAGACCCUGACCGUAUUUUAAAGAAAAUGACCAAGCCGGAAGAUGCCUGCUUACAACGUUAUAUUGAUCGUCUAGUUCGCACAAAAAGUUACAGAACCCUGCUUAAGAAAAAGACUAUUUGUAAGAAAUCUAAAAGGCUUAAGUUAGCGAAUGGUGAGGAGGCAAACAUGCGAUAUAAAACUUGGUAGCUGUAAAUUUAAAAAAAAAGGGGGUUGUGAUUAUUGUGUUUUGUUAGAAGGCCUUUUGCCCUUAAGUUUUAAUGAAGCAUCUUGGUUUGUUUUGAAGGAGUUGUAUGUCUUUUUAAAAUAAAAUAGUUUGUGAGAAUUA